CGAGGGUGCUGAGCCCCGGCGCGCGCGAGCAGCCGAGCCCGCCCCGGGCCUCGGAGGCGGCUGCUGCUCUAGCCGCUCGGAUUCGGCGAGGGAGGGAGGGAGCGAGCGAGCGAGGAUGGGAGGGGCUCCGGACUGGACCCAGCCUGGCUGGCUCGAGCCGGUCAUUCGCUAAAUCCAGACCGGACUGCUCGGGAUUGCUGGAAGAGGCAGCCGACUUGUAGGAACGCAGGAGCGGGGCGGGAGGGCGAGAGAACCCCAACCCCAGCUCGGAUCCCGGGGAAAAGCGAUGCUGAGCUUUGGAGCCGAGGCGCGGGCUCACUCGCCCCCACCGUCCCGCUGACGGGCAGAUAUUUUUUUUCUUCCCCCCCUUUCAAGCCACCCUUAUGGUUUCGGGGUUUUUUGUUUUUUUGUAUGUGAGUGCGUGCCUGCCUACCUCCCGAGAGGCUUUUUUUUUUUUUUUGACAAGAAGCCUGCUGUUGCUCAUUUGGAGAAAUCUCUCGCUAGCGACUCCGAGGCUUCUGCAAAAACAGAGCGAGAGAGAGACAGAGAGGGGGGAGCGAGAUACUUAACCACGCUGUGCUUUUUUUCUGGGGCUUUGCAAGCAGCUAGUCCUCCCCGAAGAAAACUAAAGUCCGUUUGAAAAAAAAAAAGGUAACAGUCGUAAUAAUAAUAAUACUAAAGACAGAAAGGAAAGAAUUCGUGGAAUUGGCGAGAGAGAGCGAAAGAAAGAGGGAGAGAACAUUCCUGACGUUGGGAGCGUUGGAGCGGCUGGGGACAGAAAAAUUUGCCGGCACUGUAAGUGUCCACAGUCAGAACACUUUGAAACAGCAAUGCCUUUAGAAAUGGAGAAGACGGUGACCAAGCUGAUGUUUGACUUCCAGAGGAAUUCGACUUCUGAUGACGAUUCGGGCUGUGCCUUGGAAGAAUAUGCUUGGGUCCCUCCUGGGCUGAAACCAGAACAGGUUCAUCAAUACUACAGCUGUCUACCAGAAGACAAAGUACCCUAUGUCAACAGCCCUGGAGAGAAAGCCCGUAUCAAACAGCUUCUGCACCAACUGCCUCCACAUGACAAUGAGGUUCGAUACUGUAACUCCCUGGAUGAAGAGGAAAAGAGAGAACUCAAACUUUUCAGCAACCAGAGGAAGAGAGAGAACUUGGGCAGAGGCAAUGUCCGGCCAUUCCCCGUCACCAUGACAGGAGCCAUUUGCGAACAGUGUGGAGGCCAAAUCAAUGGAGGCGACAUAGCCGUCUUUGCAUCCAGAGCAGGCCAUGGGGUGUGCUGGCAUCCAUCAUGCUUUAUAUGUAGCGUUUGCAAUGAGCUGUUGGUGGAUCUUAUCUAUUUCUAUCAAGAAGGGAAGAUUUAUUGUGGCCGGCACCAUGCAGAAUGCCUCAAACCUCGAUGUGCAGCCUGUGAUGAGAUUAUCUUUGCUGACGAAUGCACAGAAGCAGAAGGAAGGCAUUGGCACAUGAAGCACUUUUGCUGUUUUGAAUGUGAAACUGUGCUGGGCGGCCAGCGAUACAUCAUGAAGGAAGGGCGUCCGUAUUGCUGCAACUGCUUUGAGUCCUUGUAUGCAGAGUACUGUGACACCUGCGCUCAGCACAUCGGCAUCGAUCAGGGUCAGAUGACGUAUGAUGGUCAACACUGGCAUGCUACAGAGACCUGCUUUUGCUGCGCCCAAUGUAAGAAAUCUCUGCUGGGCCGACCAUUUUUGCCAAAGCAAGGACAGAUUUUUUGCUCCAGAGCCUGCAGCAUGGGUGAUGAUCCAAACGGUUCAGAUUCAUCAGACUCUGCCUUCCAAAGUGCCAGAGCCAAAGAAUCCCGGCGUAGUGCUAAGAUUGGGAAGAACAGGAACAAAGGAGAAGAGAACGCCAGCAGCCAGAAUAAUCAAUUGCAGGUGACCUCCAGCAGACUGUCUGCAGACGUGGACCCUCUCUCCUUGCAGAUGGACCUGCUGAGUUUGUCCAGCCAGACUCCGAGCCUAAACAGGGACCACGUAUGGAGGAGCAGAGAUGAACUCUACCACUACGGGAACAAAAUGGAGCAAAGUCCAUCACAAAGUCCUUUGCAGCUGCUCAGUCAGUGUAACGUCAGGACGUCUUACAACCCAGCACAGACACCAGGUCCUAACAAGAACUGUGGGGUAAACAUUUCAACAACCCAAAGAGAAACACCUCUCUAGCCAUGAAAGGACAUGGUAGCAGUUUCAUUCAGGAAUGCCGAGAAGAUUAUUACUCAGGAAGGCUUCGGUCGCAGGAGAGUUACAGUGACAUGUCCAACCAGAGUUUUAGUGAAACCAGAGGGAGUUACAAGUAUGACCAAGAAGA